AUGGAUCAAUUUAUUCCUAACUUGCGUGAUGAAACAGUUCAAUCAGCAGUAAAAGUGAUAUUGGGUUAUAGUGCGCAAGAUUCUAUUCUUUAUUCCGCAAUUGUCGCAUUAACUAACUUUUUUAUAUUAACAUAUAACAUAUUUAAAUAUUUUAACAUAUUGGCGAUAAUUUUAGAUGCUGUGGUCCAUCUAGGAUUUGGUGUCGUUAUUGAACCGCAUUUAUCUUUUCGCCUUCGUUCCCCGUAUUUUCCAUUAGGCAAAAUUGGAGGUACGCCAUCAUGGUUGAAUCCUAUCAAUAUUCCUUCUGGUGAAUCUCUUUCAUGUCGUUUGUGUUCGAAACAAAUGGCAUUUCUUCUUCAAAUAUAUACAGGUAAUCCAAACAAUGAUCAUGAUUUUCAUCGAUAUAUUUUCAUAUUUAUCUGCAGGAAUCCAUCUUGUUCUCAGAUAAAUGAUGCGUCAAACAUUCGUGUGUUUCGUUGCCAGCUUCCGAGAAUAAAUCCUUAUUAUUCUCCCGAUUAUCCACUUGAUCCUGAUGUUGAUGGCGAUAUACCCGAUCCUUACGCUAAUUCUUCUUAUCCAACUCUUUGCAAAAUUUGUGGUUGCUUUGCCUCGAAAAAAUGCGCUCGAUGUAGUUCUGCAUGGUAUUGUUGCCGCGAUCAUCAAGUUUUAGACUGGUCUUUUUCACAUAAAUCUGCCUGUGGUUUCUCGAAAGAUAAUGAAAAAUCAGUCGAUGAUAAAAAAGGUUGCAUCAGUGGAGAGUUUAUAAUACCUAAGCGUGGUACAGCAUUAAAUCCAUUCGUUUUUCCUGAAUAUGGUAUUGAAAUGGAUGAAGAAAAUGUUUCGCGCUUAGAAAACAUUAAAGACAGUGAUGAUAGCGGCGAUGAUGACGAUGAUGAUAAUGUGCUAGCACAACGAAUGAAAGAUUAUCAUGAGUAUAUUAAUGAAAAUGAACUGGUAAAUGGAUUACCAAAUGCGGACUUUGAGGGUGUCGAAGAUUCGGUUGUGCAGGAUAACGCCUUCAAAAAGUUCAGCAAAAUUUCAAAUAUUUUUUUCCAGGUCGUUUCGUUGAAUCCUGAGCAGAUUCUCCGUUACAAUCGAAAAGGUACACCACUUUUGGCUACUGAUAAUGCUCCUUAUCAUAAUUUGGUCCCACCAUGUAAAAUAUGUGGUGCAUCUCGUUGUUUUGAACUUCAACUUAUGCCACAUUUAUUGUCCUUGCUUGAUGUAGAUUCUGUUGGUGCAAGUAUUGACUGGGGAACAGUGAUGAUUUAUACUUGCGCAUCUAAUUGUCGAAUCGAAUAUGAUGGUUAUAUGGAAGAAUGGGCAAUCAAACAAGAUUUCACUAGUCCCUAA